AGCGAUGCUCAAAGGCAACCUCCUUCCUGACACUGCCUGGUCGGACGCGACGCGGUGGUCGCCCGCACGGAAUGCAGACGCAAGGCUGCUCCUCGGUCUCGGGGACGCGUCAUCCCCAUUUCCACUCGCGGAGGCGCAGGGUCCGGGCGCAGGACCCCAGUCGACCUUGACUGGCGGCGCGACCUUGAGGCCUGCGUUCGCCUCAGUUACCCCCUCUGCGCAAUGGGGAGACGCGCCUCAUCGCUUGACGACGGCCGAAGAGCUGCCGCGCUUCCGUCUCCCGCGUGCGCGCGCGCCAAGCUGCCCACCCCCGUUCCGCACUGACCCUCCCCCAUGCCCCGCGCCCCGCACUGCCGCCCCGCCCCGAGUCCCAUGCCGCAGCCACCGCGACGGAGCCCGCGGGCGGGAACCUGCCUCCGCGCGUUAGCGCGCACGCGCGCCUCCUGUGUCGUCCCCACCAGCGCCGACUUCCGUCCAUAGGCCAGCUGCACUGUCACUCUGGCAAAGUCGCAGAUGCGAUUGGCCAGGACGGAGGCGCGAGACCGGGCUGCGGGCGGGGCCGAACCUGGUAUAAAAGGGGCGGGAGGCCAGGCUCGUGCCGCUUUGCAGACGCUGCCGCCGAGGAAAGUCUUGUGCUACUAGCCAUGGUCAACCCUACCGUGUUCUUCGACAUUGCCGUCGACGGCGAGCCCUUGGGCCGCGUCUCCUUCGAGCUGUUUGCAGACAAGGUUCCAAAGACAGCAGAAAAUUUUCGUGCUCUGAGCACUGGAGAGAAAGGAUUUGGUUAUAAGGGUUCCUGCUUUCACAGAAUUAUUCCAGGGUUUAUGUGUCAGGGUGGUGACUUCACACGCCAUAAUGGCACUGGUGGCAAGUCCAUCUAUGGGGAGAAAUUUGAAGAUGAGAACUUCAUCCUAAAGCAUACAGGUCCUGGCAUCUUGUCCAUGGCAAAUGCUGGACCCAACACAAAUGGUUCCCAGUUUUUCAUCUGCACUGCCAAGACUGAGUGGUUGGAUGGCAAGCAUGUGGUCUUUGGCAAAGUGAAAGAAGGCAUGAAUAUUGUGGAGGCCAUGGAGCGCUUUGGGUCCAGGAAUGGCAAGACCAGCAAGAAGAUCACCAUUGCUGACUGUGGACAACUCGAAUAAGUUUGACUUGUGUUUUAUCUUAACCACCAGACCAUUCCUUCUGUAGCUCAGGAGAGCACCCCUCCACCCCAUUUGCUCGCAGUAUCCUAGAAUCUUUGUGCUCUCGCUGCAGUUCCCUUUGGGUUCCAUGUUUUCCUUGUUCUCUUCCAUGCCUAGCUGGAUUGCAGAGUUAAGUUUAUGAUUAUGAAAUAAAAACUAAGUAACAAUUGUC